AUGUCAAAUACAGGCCUACUUCAAACACGGAGGCUCACCUGGCUCCUAGCCAGCGCCCUUCUGCCCAUCUCGGCCUCUGCUCAGGGCCCUGCAGGACCGAUCUCUUCCUGCCUCAACCAGAACGACCCAAGCCUGCCCCUCCAGUCCCGCACGAUAUUCCAGUUCGGGCCCGGCAACGAUGCUACCUUCCUGGAGAACAUCGCCUCCCGGCCCAACGGGGACAUUCUCAUGACGAUGGCAGUCCCGCAGGGCAACGUCUUCACCGUCCAGAAUCCCAUGUCCUCGUGCCCAACCAUGGUCCCAGUCUUCCAGGUCCCGGGGAACAACGGGACGCACGGCAUCGCGGAGGUCGCGACGCAGCCGGACGUUUUCGCCGUGAUAGCCGGCAACAUCAGCCUCAGCGGCAACCCGGCCAACGGCGUGCUGGGCAGCAACUCGGUGUGGGAGCUGGACCUGCGCGCGAGCGGGUCCGCCGUGCGUGCGGCGCCCAACAAGCAGGGCCUCAGCCCGGACCCGGCCUGCCCCCCCGCCCUGCCGCUCGAGGUCACGGCCCGCAAGAUCGCCGACAUGCCGAUGGCGCCGCGCCUCAACGGCCUGGCCGCCGUGCCCGGGACGUCGGCGAUGCUGGUCGGCGACAGCCAGCUCGGGGUCGCGUUCCGGCUGGACACGGCCACGGGCGCCGUGACGACGGCGGUCGACGUGCCCGAGAUGAAGCCCGUUCCCGGCGCGGGCAGCGUCGACGACGCCCUCGGGCUCAACGGCAUGAAGGUCCACGGCGGGGCGCUGUACUUCACCACGGCCGCGUCGCGCACCGUCUACCGCAUCGCCAUCCAGGCCGACGGCAGCGGGCCAUUGCCGGGGGCCGUCGUCGAGACCAUCGCUGCCGUUCCGUCCGCCAGCUGGAUGGACGACCUCGACGUCCGGGAUGAUGGUAGCCUGUGGGUGACCACCAACACGGGCAACACACUGCUGGCGCUGCAGCCGACCGCCGCCGCGAACGGGACAGCAGCAGGUGCGGCGAGGGCGCAGUUCAACGCGCCGGUCGUGGCGCUCGGUGCGGUCGACGCCCCCACAGUGGCAGGUGCGUCCUCUGUGGCGUUUGGACGUGGCAGCGUUAGCAGGACCACGGCUUUUGUGGUGACCGGAUCCGGGAAUGAGCCGGCAAAGGUGGUGGCUGUCGAUACUGCUGCGUGUAGGGCCCGCUAG